AUGAUAGCUGUAGAGAAUAUUCAGAAGAGAGCGUCUGCUCAAGAUCUCGAAUUAAGCACUAAGGGCGAUAAUGGUAAUAAGAAGAGGAAAGUGGAAUUUGCAGACGAUUUGGUUAAUGGUUAUAAUCGAAAAGAACUUGUGCCUAUCACGACUGAAAAGUUCUCAUCUCAGUUGUAUAAGAGCUACGUUAUGGAAGCAUUGGAUGAUUUGGAAACGUUGAAAGAUGCUACAAAGUUGAAUACACUAGCCAGUCAACUGUCAGUACCAACAUGCAGUCCUGAUAGUAUAUCUGCAGAGAAUAUGACGAUAUUGUUGGAAGUUUUGAGUAAUAAUAUCAAUAAGCUUGAUACGAAGAGGGGGGUACCUAUUAUUCGGGCAAUAAUUAACUUUGAGAAGUGGUGGAGUCUACCCCCAUUUACUCUAAGUAGCUAUGUAUUCUUUCUACAGAUAUUAUGUUCCAGCAUGCCCAAAUGGUGGCAAGAUGUGUCCAUGAUACUGAUUUCUAACUUUAAGCUCCCAGUGCAGAAGACUAUCAAGCAUCAUGAGAUGUUGAGAUAUUUCAUAAAGGCCAUUCCUUCGUCCACUAAUUUUAUUGACUCUUAUGUUGCGAAGUAUUUCCCAAACAAGAACGAUUCAAAGAAGAAUCUAGUGAACUUUAUCAGUAAUGUGCUUACGUUAACAGAGUAUUGUCCUGAAUUUCGGUUUCAUGCAUGGUCCAUGGUUAUUGAAAAGAUCAUUUCAGUUGACGUUGAGCUACAAAAUGAACUGGAUGAACUAGACGAUGAUAUUGAAGACGAUAUAGACAACGAGCUUGAGGAUGAUGAGGAUAACUACGAUGAAAGCGAUUUGAACUCCAAUAGUGAGGCUAAUAAUGAAGUUGGCGAUGAAGAUGGCGAUGGCGAUGAAGAUGAAGAAGAAGAUGAUGAUGAUUCAGAAAACGAAAAUAUUGACGGUGAUGAAGAAUACAAUGUCAAUGUCACAAGAAAUAUCAAGGAUCUAUCUGGCAAACUUGAUACAAUUCUCACACUAAUAACGACUAGGCUAUCUAACGCUUUGACACCAGAGAGCUUGGAAAACGGAGAUUACAUCAGCACUUUUAAUACACUCAUCUCACUCUUCAAAUCGCACAUUCUCCCCACGUACUAUACUAGAUCUGUUCAAUAUCUCAUGUUCCAUGUGUCGCAACAACAGACAGAACUGAUGGAUGCUUUCCUGGUAACAUUGAUAGACAUUGCCUUUUCACCCAAUGAGACCAUCGAAAAGAAGAUCAAGUCGCUCCAGUACAUUGGAUCCUUCAUAGCGCGUGCAAAAAAGCUCACACACACCCAAAUUGUCUUCGUUGCCAGCUACCUUAUCUCCUGGCUGCACCGUUAUGUGCUUGAAAGAGAGGAGGAAGUAGAGCAACCGGGCGGGAUGGAUCGAUUCAAACAUUUUUAUGCAGCGUUCCAAUCACUAUGCUACAUAUUUUGUUUUAGGCACUCUAUAUUUCGUGACGGCAAUUCUUGGGAAUGUUCCAUCGAUAAAUUCUUCCAGAGGAUGGUCAUUUCUAAAUUCAAUCCCCUAAAGUUCUGCAACGAAAACGUUAUGCUCAUGUUUGCACGCAUUGCCCAACAUGAAGAUGUCGUGUACUGCUUUAGUAUCAUUGAAAAUAAUAACAACGAACGCCUGCGCGGAAUUAUCGGCAAAUCCAGCGAUGGAUUUACUUCCGUAGAAGGUAGCUCUUCCUCCCCCUCCUCCGCCUUCUCCUCCUCUUCCUCUUGUUCCUCCUCCUCCUGGUCUCUUGCCGCCAGACAACAAUUCAUCGAUCUCCAGUCAUACUUCCCCUACGAUCCACUCUUCCUCAAGCAGUACAAAAGAAUGAUGAAAGAAUAUUACGUAGAAUGGAGCGAGAUCAGUGGAGACUACGAAAGUGAUGAAAGUGAAGAUCUCGAUGAACUGCAGUCCUGA